UGCAGUGCCAUAUCGUAUACAUACUACACUUAAUCAACACGUAGCUACAGAGAUCCUUCAACGAUGAUGAUGGCAAGCGCUCAAGAGCAAGGGCUGAAGCUGCUGGGGGCAGCGUCCGGGGUGAGCCCGUACGUGAUCCGCGCCCAGAUGGCGCUCGGCAUCAAGGGGCUGACCUACGACUACCUCCCCGAGGACCCCCGGUGCAAGAGCGACCUGCUCCUUGCGUCCAAUCCCGUGCACAAGAAGCUGCCUGUCCUCAUCCAUGGCAGUAGGCCCGUCUGCGAGUCGCUGAUCAUCUUGGAGUACCUUGACGACGCCUUCCCCGGAAAUGGCGUCUUCAUCCUCCCUACUGACCCCUACCACCGUGUUGUCGCCCGUUUCUGGGCUACCUAUGUGGACAACAAGCUGUUCCCUUCGUGCAUCGGCAUCCUCAAGACGAGGAAGCCGCAGGAAAGAGCCGACAAGGUGGAGGAGACCUUGUCGUCGCUCGGGCUCCUAGAGGCUGCCCUGGCGGAAUGCUCAAUUGAAGGGGAGGCGGAGGCGUUGUUCUUUGGCGGUGGCUCUCUCGGGCUGCUCGACAUCGCGCUUGGGUGCUAUCUUCCCUGGAUCGAAGCGAUAGGCUGCCUUGCCAGCAUGCCGCCGUUCCUCGACGCAACGAGGACACCGAAGCUGGCCGCGUGGGCGGAGCGGUUCAGGGCCGCCGAGCCAAUCUGGGGGCUGCUGCCUGAGGCGGACAAGGUGGAGAAGUACAUCUCAACAGUUCUUUAUCCAAAGUGGAAGGCCGCGCUCACUGCGCCGGAAACUAAUUAGAGAUCAUGCCAUCUCGUUCCAUCGCUUUUGCUACACUCGCCUUCAGAUUGAGUUGAUGUUUUCCAGAGGUGUUGUGCUCGUUGAACUGUUGUUACUUGGUUGUUAGGGUCUGAUCGUCAUGGAUGGUGCGCACGCGUGAACUGUCUUCGAUCUGAGUUUGUUGUUUUGGGAAUAAAUUAAAGCUUCCUCAA